AUGCCACCAUUCAACCAUCGCGACGAUCCCUUCUUGACUUUUCAUGAGAAGGAGCCACAAAAAGAUGAAACUUUCAAGAAAUCCGUAAGCUUUGCAAGUCACGCUCAGGAAUACUUCGCCAUCAAUCGUGCGAAUUAUUCCCCAUUGGAAAUGAAAAAUAGUUGGUAUGACAAACUUGACUUUGUAGAGUUUACCUUGGACAUUCGACGCACAGUGGAGAUCAUUGAAAGAGGAGAUGCUCAUAAUUCUCAGCUGCUGGAUGAUGUGAACUACACUACUCGAGGCUCCAUUUGUCGAAAAACGUGUACGGCUCGAAGGCGCCGAGAGAUUCGAAAUGGAGCCAAGGAGUGUGUGCUAAAGGCACAAGACACAUUCCGACACAAUGCAGAGUACAUUUCCUCGGUUUACACUCAAUACUCGCAAGCUAGCGUCCAAGAAGCUCUUCAGCAAGCCGAACAAGACCAUCACGAUGCCAAGAUGGUGGUGAAUUCCCAACUAGCUGCUGUGGCAGAAUUUUGGGACAGCUACUUUAGUGACGCUUGGAUAACACACUUCGAAGAUGGCUCUCCACCACUGCCACCACCAAAGAGUACCCAAGGCCCGCCAAAUUUGCUCACGGACGAUUUCUUAGAGACAGAACCAUACGGAUUUGACGAUAGUUGGCUCGUCGGUCCAGUCGCCUGA